UGAAGGAGAUAUUUCAUGUGUUGUACGCACGUCGUGUCCGGUGGAGGUCAUAGACAUCUGAGCGACACUGAGAUUGCUGUGAUGGCCAAGCUGUUUGAGUCUAUUGGGAAGUUGGGGUUGGCCCUCGCCGUUGGUGGAGGUGUUGUGAACUCUGCGCUUUACAAUGUUGAUGCAGGGCACCGGGCUGUGAUAUUUGACAGGUUCAGAGGAGUGCAAGAUAUUGUUGUGGGUGAAGGGACCCACUUCCUCAUUCCCUGGGUUCAGAAACCUAUCAUCUUUGAUUGCCGCUCUCGUCCACGCAACGUGCCUGUCAUCACAGGCAGCAAAGAUCUGCAGAAUGUAAACAUCACAUUGCGUAUCCUCUUCCGGCCGGUAACCAACCAGCUGCCACGCAUCUUCACUAGUAUUGGUGAGGACUAUGAUGAGAGGGUGCUGCCAUCAAUCACCACAGAGGUCUUGAAGGCUGUAGUGGCUCGAUUUGAUGCUGGUGAGCUCAUCACCCAGAGAGAGCUUGUGUCUCGGCAGGUCAGUGAGGACCUAACAGAAAGAGCCUCCACCUUCGGCCUCAUCUUGGAUGAUGUUUCACUGACACACUUGACCUUUGGCAAAGAAUUCACAGAGGCUGUUGAGAUGAAGCAGGUGGCCCAGCAGGAGGCUGAGAGGGCCCGUUUCAUUGUAGAAAAGGCAGAGCAACAGAAGCAGGCGGCGAUCAUUUCAGCCGAGGGAGAUUCCCAGGCUGCCUUGCUCAUUGCCAACUCCCUGAUGGAGGCUGGUGAUGGUCUGGUAGAGCUACGUAAGCUUGAGGCAGCCGAGGAUAUCGCUUUUCAGCUCUCCCGCUCCCGCAACGUCACUUACCUGCCCUCAGGACAGGGCACAUUGCUCCAGUUGCCCCAGUGAUAACAUCUCACCUCAUGUCUACCCCACUUACUGUCACUAGCCCAUUACAAGGGCCAUGGAAGGGGAGGUUGGAGGAUUCAAUAAAGGACUCCCAGCUUCACACAUUCCUCCCACUCUUUCUCUAGCCAACUCUGGACUGGGCUCUGCUGUUGACAGCAUGGUGGGAGACAAAGUGAGAGAUCUGUGAUGGAUACAUUAAGUGAGGAAGUGGAGGGUAGCGCAUACACACACAUUUUUUAUAUAUAUAUAUAUAUAUAUAUAUAUAUAUAUAUAUAAAUAAAUAAAAUUAGUACUUUGUUUUGAAAAGAAUUGACGAAGUAAAUUCUCUUAAGAUUUGUCUUUGCUGCAUUGUUUGAGAUUCAGAGCACUGCAUGUGUGGAAAGCAAGGGAGUGACAUCAGGAGAAAACAGUUUGUGAUUCCUGUAUAAGAUAAGUGAUUGAUAAAUGCCAUUAUCUGUUAUUGUGCUGGAAAGUUAUAUCAAAUUGUGUGAAUAACUAAAUUCAAAUCUGUAAUGAAAGGCUCUUCUUUUGAUUCACAGACAUAACUGACUCAAAGAUUUAUUCAUUUGACUUAAUGUCUUUGUGUGUUCUGACUUGAAUGGAUUAAAUGUAUGAAAUAUUUGCUUUAUAGCAAAUAACGUCAUCAUGAAUAUUAGUGCCACCACCAGUCAGUUGGAAUGUGCCUGUCGGAUAGUACAGUGGUCGCUGUGUCUUUAGUUUGUGUGGAGAAAGUGUGAGCCCCUUGUUUCAGAAAUGGUCCAACUUAAUAAAAUUGUCUUUCUA